AUGAAAAGGUUUGAGAGAUGUAUGAGGGAGUAUAUAUCUCAGGGUUUGUUUAAUUCCUUGAGUUCUGACGAGUCUGCUGAUAAGUUGGUAACUUUGUUGGAGGAAUGUGGUUUCAAGGCUAUCGCGUGUGAUUUCGACUCAACGAUGAUACAAAUGCACUCAGGUGGGUAUCUGGACCCGAACGUUGACCGCCGAGUCCUGGAGUCUGUGACUCCAGAUUUCAUGGCCAUGGCUAAACGCCUGAAGAGCUCGGAUAUUACACUGUUUAUAGUAACUUACUCCGAUGCCGUACACGUUGAAGGCCACGCCAGGUACAUCUCCGGCGAUAAAAUGGUCAGAGCCGCACUCAAAUAUAGCCAUUGCGAUGCCGAUAUCAAACAAGUCUACGCUUACUAUCCCAGAUUUUGGGAUUCUCCAUCGAUGUAUAAGAGAUUGGGUUUGGAUGGUCCGAUGCCGUUGGGAAAGGAGUAUCAUUUAAAAAAGAUUUGUUCGGAUUAUAACGUGAGUCUUGACGAGAUUAUCCUGAUUGACGAUGACAUGAAUAACUGCAAAAACGCCGAAUCCAUCGGCGUCACGGCACUAUACGUCACCGGAGAAGGACUCAAAUUCACCGAACUCAGCCUUCUCCAUUAACCAAAUGUAGUAUAACACAUUA